CCUCCAAAUCAUUGGAUUCAGGUGUUCCAAUCACCUCCAUGGUCACAGGUGUAUAAAAUCAAGCACCAAGGCAUGCAGACUGCUUCUACAUACAUCUGUGAAAGAAUGGAUCGCUCUCAGGAGCUCAGUGAAAUCAAGCGUGGUCCCGUGAUAGGUUGCCACCUAUGCAAGAAGUCCAUCCAUGAAAUUUUCUUGCUGCUAAAUAUUCCACGAUCAACUGUUAGUGGUAUUAUAACAAAGUGGAAGCAACUGGGAACAACAGCAACUCAGCCAUGAAAUGGUAGGCCACGUAAAAUGACAGAGUGGGGUCAGCACAUGCUGAAGCACACAGUGCGCAGAAGUUGCCAACUGUUUGCAGAGUCAAUAGCUAAAGGCCACCAAAUAUCGUGUGGCCUUCAGAUUAGCACAACAACAGUGUGUAGAGAACUUCAUGGGUUUCCAUGGCCGAGCAGCUGCAUCCAAGCCUUACAACACCAAAUACAAUGCAAAGUGUCGGAUGCAGUGGUGUAAAGCAUGCUGCCACUGGACUCAAGAGCAGUGGAAACAUGUUCUCUGGAGUGACAAAUCAUGCUUCUUUGUCUGACAAUCCAAUGGACGUAUCUGGGUUUGGCAAUUGCCAGGAGAAUGGUACUUGCCUGACUG